AUGGAUUGUCACAAACGAACUGAUGACCUUGAGCAUUGUCCAUGCUCGAAGGCUUUGUGGAGCAGUACCUUUUGCGGUAUUUGGGUGAUUACAUAUUCGGAGUGGACAAACAGAAUCUUUCUGUGACCACUUGGCGUGGGGAAGUUCAUCUUCGAAGUGCUCGUCUAAAGCAAGAGGUUGUCGAACUUCUCAAUCUGCCUUUCCAGCUCUUUUUCGGCGAAGUCGCGGAUCUGAAGAUCAACGUACCUUGGAAUCGGCUUGGCAGUCGACCCGUGGUAGUAGAACUCACUGGGCUUCGCGUUUUGCUGGGCCCAAAGCCAUCCACUGAAUGGUCAAACGAAGAGGAGCUGCGCCGCGUCCAGUUGGCUAGGCAACGUUUGGUCGACCGCGCAGACUUGCUGUUCGGACUAAAAGAGGCCUCGCCAGAGGGUGAGCGCAAGGAAGGCUACCUGGACCGCCUGGCCACGCGGAUUGGUGACAAUCUGGAAUUAAACCUGCGAGACCUACACUUGCGCUAUCAGGAUGACAGUCCUGCAGCGGGUGGACGGCCGGUUUCUGGUGGCGUAUAUCUAGACUACCUCUCGGUGCAGAGCACAGGUCAGGACUGGCAGCCCAGCUUUAUUGAGCGAUCUGGCGUCAAGGAGCUAUUCAAGCUGCUUCGGCUGAGGAGGUUGAGCUGCUACCACGUGCUGCCAGGCUGGGCGACCAAAAUCGGUCCAAAGAGCACUCUGACUGAUGAGGACUUUCGCCGUUGCUUUGAGGAUGAUCCGUGGCCAAAGGCCUUCGAACGUCUCAAGAAGGGCUACCGGGUGGCGUAUCUGCUGCCGGAAACUUCAGGCUCAUUGAAGUUGACGCAGGCGCUCGAAGAGUCUGCGGAGAAGCCGCGCUUUGACUUGCAGUGUGAGCUUGACAGAAUUCAGGUUUUGAUCUCUGGUGACAGCUACCGAGGUAUUUGCGGCAUUAUGUCGCUGGUUUCAGAGUACUUCGCAUUCCAGGAAGUGACUCGGCACUGGAUCCAAAGCUACUGGCCACAUCGGCCCACACUGCCGGUGCAAGGCAGCAGCUUGUUGUGGUGGCGCUAUGCACUUCGCUGCAUCCGGGCUGCGGCCCAGAUCCGUGCGCCAGCCAAGGCGAGCUUCAGCUGGUUACUGCAGGAGGAGAACCUCUCGCGGUUGCGGCUGCAAGCCGAGUACUGCGCCUUGGUGGUCAAGAGCCGCGUGCAGCUCUCCGAGGAGGAGCAGGCACGGCUGCAGCGUCUGCGCGUCUCUCUGCCUGCCACAGAGCUGUUGCGCUGCCACGCCAUGGCGCUGGAGCGGAUGCACGCGGCCGAGGCGCCUCGCACGGCACCCCGCACUGAUAGCAAUUGGAGCUACUGGGACAGGGAGGCCGAGGUGCUGUCAGUGCCACCACUGUCCGCCUUGGAAGCUCCUGGGGAGGUGGAAGCACCUCAAGCGUUCGCUCCGGAACAGAUAGCUGAUUUGCCUUUGGUGACGGUGAAGGAGCGGUUCAAGCAUUUGCCUUCAGUGGCGAGUUGGAUGCUGCCAAGGCCUUUAUGCAUUGCAGGUGCUCCGGGAGAUGUUCCAGAAAUGGAAGGCAGCGCCAAUGCAGCCAGCGUGCCAGAUGAGGAAGGCUUGGUGUCUCCAGCAAAUGCGGCUCGGAAGGAAGACAUGGCUUGCCAGCUUCAGGCCUUUCGCCACAGACCCUCAGUGGGAACGUGGCUUCAGCUCAAGCCCCCGGUGGUUGCACGACGUGCACCGGAGCAGAGGAGCUGGUUGAGCUGGCUCCUGCCUUCACGCUUUACAGAAAGCUCCAGUGGUCCGGCAGAAAGCACCAGCUUCUGGCCGUGGAGGAAAACACGCACUGAGCCUGUGAGCUGGUUCAGGUCAAGGCCUGAGCCAGAAGUGGUGAUCUCAAAGCCAGCUGCACCACUGCCUGAAGCGCCAGUGCCAGAGACAGAGCCAGUUGAGAAGGUGCAGAGCUCUUCAUCUUGGCUGCCAUCCUUGAGGUGGUUUGCUGAGCCUGAGGAGAGGCGCAAGGAACCGCUGACGAUGAAAGAGGACCAGAGCUGCCACAGCGAAAGCCCCAAAUCGCCGUCCCCAACGGGCUUGAGCACGUCACCAUCGCACGGUCCGUCAGCGUGGAGAGUGUGGUUUUCGGCCGCUGAAGGGACUGACGCUCCUCAAGCCGCCUCGCCGCGCCAAGCGGAGGAGCGGCGCCAGAGCAGGGCUGUAGCCUUCACAGAGGCAUUUCCUCCUCCAGAAGAGGCACCGCUUCUUCGCUUGGUUGUGGAUGCCGAGGUCUUGGUGGAGAUGCAGAUUCAGAAGGAAGUCAAAACCAUUGGCGAGGCCAAGAAAUUGCGCUUCUCCGUGCUAGCAGGUGACGAGUUGAGCACUCGCACAGAGGUGGCCGAUUUACAACUCAUCAUGCGUGACUCAAGUCGCAUGCCGCACGUGGACACGCGCUUGCUGCAAAUGGCCAGCCAGAAGGGGCAGGAUGGGGAGGGCGAGCGUCCUGUCUCGGUCUCGUACAUCUCCCGCGACGAGAAAGGCCAGCCUUGGAUUUGUAUGAAGGCGUCAGGGAUGGCGCUCUUCUACCAGCAAGAGCUUUUGCAGCAGGUCACUGGCUUUCUGACAGCCAGCCUGGGCCAAACCGCCGGGAAGCCCCGCCGUGGUUUCGACCACUGGAGGCGGCGUGCCAAGGCCUUGCUGUACACUCGCGGCCGGCCUCGCUGCAAACUGGAGCUUAAGGACCAAACCGUGCUUGUGCCAACGCGACCCUGGCCAGCACGCGCACCGCGCACUGGUGGCGGACCAGUGCUAGCUUUACGGGCGAGGUUUGUACGUGCAGUGUCCGAGGAGGUUGGAGUCAAGGACUUCAAGCAUGAGUUGCCAGGCUUUGAGUUGGUGAGAGUGGAUCGCUGGACGGUGGAGUGCACCGGCUUGCAACUGCUGCACUUCCCCUCUUACAGGGCCUUCUUCAUGCCAGAAAGGUCGUCGGAUUGGAUGCUGCUGCAGGAAUUGAACACCACCCUGACUUGCCUUGCCAAGAGGCACGAGGAGAUGCUGCCGCCGGCAUUGCUGGCCUUUGGCAUGCGGCAGCAGCCCAAAGCGUUGCUCUCACUAGAGGCGAAAGGAGACGUGCAGUCGCUGGCACUGAGCUUCAGCAAUGUGGCCUAUGACUCUUUCAUCCGUGCCUUCCGUCUCUUGCUACGGGGUCCUUCUGGGCCAAGCCAGCCACCUGUUAGCCCGGCUGUGCCCAGAGUCCCUGCUGAUCCUCCCGGUCCAGAUCUGCUUCGUCCGGCGUCUCUAUCCUUUGAAGGCUUUCUAGCGCAGUCAGUCGAGUCCAUCAGCAGUGGGGACGAGGACGUGGUUCCAAGCCAGCAGGACAGCAUUUCUUCAGGCAGCCCGCUGUCGACGUUCAAGCGCGUGCGAUUUAUGAGUGCCAUGUCAGGCCUCCCAGAGAAGUCGCCGCGCCCAUUGCUUCCUGAGCCUGAGGCCGAAGCAGAGGAGCCUUUGACGCCGCUCCCAAGAGCUCCGCAGACUGAGGAGAACACCGUGGAUCCCUGGGCUGGCCAGAGCAGCAUGAGCUUUGAGUUGCAGGUCGGUGUACUAUCAAUCCACUUCCAUUGCCUGCCCACCCCAGCGCCACUUGAGCUGCGGGGGCCUGCAGUCCUGUCCUUCAAGCUUUUCACUGGCUAUGCCUGCCUGAAUUUGAAGCUGAGCUCCCUGGAGAUGUCAGACAGGAGCCUGGGAAGCCUGGUUUUGGCAAAGCCCACAGAGAAGGAGAGCGUUGGGCUCUCACUGGUGGCUGCCUGGGAAGAGCAGGCAAGACUGAGAGAAGCCGAGUCUGCGGAGCUCAGGGUUGCUCUCAACCUGGGCAAUGUCCGCUUUCUUUUUUCACCAAUGCACUUCCGCGAGCUCAUCAGCUUUGCCAAGACGACGCCCCCUGGUAACACGCCAGCUCUGCUUGGAGACCCUCUAUUGUGGAGGAUCAGGGUUUCUGUGGAAGAGGGCUUCCUGCAAUGGGUGGAUGAGGUCACAGGAAACCUCUUCGCAAAGUCACGAAUGAAGCAGUCCCAGAUCUUGCUCGACUUGCAUCAGGAGACUGUCAGCUUCAACAGCUCCUUCCGGGAUUUCAGCAUUCAGGACUGCUCCUCGGCACAGUGCCCCAUGAUUCUCUCGGUGCAGUCUGGGGAGACUUACCUCAUGGAGAUCCGCGCACGCACUUUUACACUCUCCUCACCAGACUUUGAAGGUUACCACACCCUGGUAUCCAUCGCCUUCAGGUCUGUUCACUUGCAGUACAUGGGGCAGAAGUUUGUGAAGUGUUGGCAGUGGAUCUUCGGCUCCUUCCUGCCGGCGCUGACAGCAGGGCGUCGCAAGGGCAUCCAGCUGGAGAGCAGCGAAGAGGAGACAGACAGUGUAGCGUCCUUCAUGAGCAUCGAGGACGCAGAGGCGCCCGCAGCGCUCCCGACAGAGAUUCCCAAAGUCCGGGCUGCGGAGCUCUUCAUGGAGCUGGCAGAGGGAGACUUUGCAAAGAGGGCUGCGUGGGAGGCUGCUGAGAAGGCUGUGCGGCAGGCGGAGCCGUGGCAGGUGCCCACUUUGACGAGGCUGCACGUCUCGAUUGAGAAUCCAGUCAUCUCAAUUCCACUGGAGACGAGUGGAAAGGACCAAGAGCCAGCAGUAGAGAUUCAAGCCAAGCGCCUGGUUGCAAGCAAUGGCCCUUGCCGCCGUCAAGGCCGCCAAGGACUCGUAGAUGCUCUCGCGCUUCAUUUUGAGAAGGCGAGCAUUUCGGAGGUUGACGGUCCAGAGAUGCUUGCUGCGCAGGACAUGACUGUCCAAAUCGACUUGAAUCUUCAGGUCCGCGUACCGCCCUUGCCGAUGCAUGUGCUUUGGCGCGCGCCCAUGGUGCAGCUGCAGCUGAGUUCCCGUAGCCUUGCCUUGCUCCGCUCUGCCUUUGCGCGGAACGUGGCAGGUGUGGACCCUGAUGUGGUGCCACAGAGCCUCCCAGAGCCAGCACAGCUCCAACGUCCUGGCAAAUUUCCGGUGUGGCUGGUCUUCAGGCUUCUCUUCCGGAACUUUAAGCUGAGAAUGCAGGAAAGAGAGGACAGCCUUGCAGAGCUGAGCGCAAAGCAGCUGUUGGUGGAGGUGAAGAAACACGCAGCCCCCCGUGCUAUGAUCAACUUUAGUCUUUGGGAGGCCCGACUGGGCACCAGUCCGCUGGUGCCCUUUAGCCAGCUUCUCUGCAAGAGGCCCUUGCCAAAGGCUUCUGCACGUGCUGGCCGCAAGGGUUCCGCCUUCGUGCACGGAGAGUACGUCACAGACCACUCCGAUGGCCAACGCUUUGAGAUUCACUGCUGGCGGCCUCGGGUGCUCCUUCAGAUGCCCCUUCUGCGGCGGAUUUGGAGUUGGAUGUUUCCUCCGCAGCCCUGGUUUGCACCACCCCUUGUUGUAGGUGAAAGGCCCUGCAACGAGAUGCGCGUGGCUGCCACCCUGCAUGAUGCUCUCGUGAUGCUUGUAGAGAAGCCGGAGGUCCAAGAUGCCCCCUUGAUCUCGGUGCUGACAAACCUGAAGUACCACUUGCAGUCUUGCCCACAGCUGCAGAAGUGGUCUAUGAACUUCGACGCGCCAGAGGUCUUCUAUUGCGAGGGGUGGCCUGGUGUGCUGGAGCUGGAGAGCCGCGAGCAAUGCCGAGCAUCAUUGGCCAAGGCCCACGACAUGGUCUUUCAAGUCGCCAAUGCCUCCCAAUCACAAGGCCCAGAAACCUCAGCUCGCCAGCUAAGCUGCAAGGAGCUGACCUUAAACCUCACCAACCGGGACCUGUGGCUUUGGGUGGCCUGUGUGAAGCGUGCCUGGGGCAUGGACGAGAAGGCUGAGGCGAACGGUGGCAGCAACUCGGAGGAUGCAUUAGAGUUCAACUUCAGCCAGGCGAAGCUCACUUUGGUGAGCGAGGACAACUCUGGAUCCCGUGUGCCCUUCCUUGAGCUGCAGGGCUCGGAUCUGCAGUUCCUACGCUGGCAGAGCCGUGAGAAGCGCUUGACCGUGCGGGCCGAGAUCAGCCUUUGGCUAUUCAACCCCUUGACAUCCCUGUGGGAGCCGCUGCUGGAGGGGGCAGGUGAGUCAAGGAAAUGGGGCAUGAAGAUAGUAUGUAAGAGCGCCGGCAGUGAACAGGAGCUGGCACGUGACACGCUGAGCAUCGAAAGCCAAGACUACAUGCUGCUGAAUAUUUCAGAACUGUGUUGGCGAGUUUUGCCCACACUCAGCGCACCAUGGCUCUCGCCAGCGACUGCAACUGCACUGCCGACGUUCUCACCAUAUGUCGUUCGUAACGAUUUGGCGGUGCCAGUGACACUUCGGCUUCCAGAUGACACAAGGCUGCGGCUGCAACCUCACACAGAGCGCCGCCUGGAGAAUCCUAAGCAGGAUGUAGUUCUGCAGGAGCGGAUGCUUGUGGCCGUGCAGGUGGAAGGUAGCCGGGUCUUCGCAGAGGUGGAGGGCAUCUCCUUGGAUCGUGUUGGCCGACGGGGCUACGCGCUCAGCUCAUCAGGCAGCCUUGCUCGCAGCGUGCGCAGCUCCAGCGAACAGGAACAGCUGGCACAUCAGGCAAUGGGCCGACGCAAGGGCCUGGGCCGCGCCGCCAGCCAUCCCGCUUUAAGGCAGUCAGCUGAUGCUGGAGGCAAGCUUUUGCUGCCGCCGUACUUCUUGUGCCGCGUGCAGGCCAAAGAGGACUACAAGAUGCUGCUGCUGGAGCCGCCUGCUCGGGUCAUCAACCAGCUCAAUGUUCCCGUGCGACUAAGCGUGAAUGCCCAGGAGAUGGCAGAAGAGGUGCCUCCCGACGGCUGCGUCGCGCUGCCUGUCACUCUGCGUGGUGCUCUGUCUGUCCUCGCUCAGGGUGGCUGGAGCGGCGACUUCCGUUUUGAAGAGCUGGGCAAGAGAUCAGCUGGCCACUUCAUUUGCGAGUGUCCGCGAUCUGACGAGGCCUUUGUCUUCAGCAUUGAGUGGCAGACCGAGCUCAUCCCCCAUCACGAGCUGCACGCAGCGCUCUACACUAUCCGCCUAUGUGCACCAGUUACGCUGGUCUCCACAUUGCCAGUUUCUUGCAGGUGUGAGGUGAGCGGUGCUGGAAGGCAGUGGACUAGGGAAUUGGCUGCCGGUGGGAGCUGCCAAAUACACAGCCGCCAGCCCGACCAAUUGCAGCUGCGCUUGGCGCUCUACGCCCCACAACUCUGGUCAGCACCUCUGACAUUGCCGCGGCAAGAUGACAAGGUCACCAUCGGCGUGCCCGUGAACAGCAGCAAAAAUCAGACGCACCUUCAGCUUGUAGUCUCCUGGUCAAAGCUCGGCAAACACCUGACGGUGGUCGUUCACAGCCCGACAUGGAUCGCAGAUCACAUCCACUCAGAGCAUUUGCAGUUUGCUUACCAGACGCGUGAGGCGCAGAAGUGGGGCGGCGGGUACCAGAACGUGGCACUGCCCCAUGAGACCCGAAGACUCCCGCAUCCUCGUCUUCUGCCACUGGAUUGCAGAGCCACUCAUGUGGCCUUCAGGCUUCGUGAUGGCGUGUCCGAGGCGGUCUCACUGCGUGCGCUGGGCAGCGGCCAAGUGCAGGUGAAAGCUCUCACCCGCGAGCCAAAGGAGGGGCAGCAGCGAAGAGCCGACAUGGGACCAGACAGCUUGUCGCUAGGUGUUCGCUUUACAGAACGGAUGGAAGCGGGUUUGGAGGUGAGAGUGCUACAUGUAGCUCCGCAACAGGUGGCGGUGAACGCAACUAGCCGACAUCUUGUGCUUCGGCCUGCGCGCGUGGGAAGGUCUGAAGUUCCCGAGCUUUCACUGGCUUCCGGUGGCCGUGCAGCGGUGCAUUGGCACAGCGGCACGGAUUUGCUGCAAGCCCGCCUCGGCGCCUCACACUGGUCUGGACGGCUGCCGGUAGGCAGUGUGGGAGAGUACUCCUUCCAGUGCUGGGACGCUUGCGGCGACAGCAAGUUUGUGAACUUUCGGGUGGAGGUGCGCAAUGUGGAGGCUACAACCUUCAUCGUCUUCCGCGAGGCAGGCACCCCAGCUGUGGUGCUGCGAAACCUCAGCUCCGAAGCUCUCCUUUUCCAGCAAGAACAGGUCAGUACCCUCGCUGAGGACCAGCGCGACGAUGCUGUUGAUCGGCGAUCGCAAGAAAGCAUCAUGUCACACCCCGUGCGGUGGUUCUCGCUGGAGAGUUUCACAAGCCACACGCCUCCUGAAACAGCUGUCAGUCCCGCACUGCGGCUCGAGCCGGGCGAGUCCCUGCCCUUUGCCUGGCCGGAGCCCGUUCUGCCGCGGCGCCUGGAGCUGCGGACCUGCCUGGAGCGGCGCCUGGUGGUGCGCCUGGCGCUGGAGAAAACGGAGAAGUCCCUUCCACUGGCUCUGGCCUCACAGCAGCCGCUCUUUUAUGACGUUGUGGCAACCGGCCCCAGCUUGCUGCUCACCGUGCGUGACAAACCUAGGCAAGAGCCCGAGCUCUCGGAGGGCCGCGAAUUGCAGGUCAACGUCAACCUUACGGGCCUUGGCUUGUCGCUGGUGGCACCGACCUCUCGUGCCUUUCCAGAAGCGCAGGACGAUGGCGAUGAGCUGCGGCGGGAGCUGCUCUUCCUCUCCGCGGAUCGGCUCCAGGGCACUUUUCGGCGCCGCGAGUCCAACCAGUCCCUGGAGUUGCGCGUGCAAGAGGUGCAGGUGGACAAUCAACGAGAGGAUGCGCGGCACCCUGUGCUGCUGAAGCGCAAGGGCGAGGGCAAGGACGAUGCCGAGCCGCUGUUGAAGCUGCUGGUGAGCCGUUGUGACCUGCACUUCGACAGGCUGGAGCUGGCCCUCAGGAGCAUCGACCUGAGGCUAGAUCAAGGCUUCAUCCUUGACAUGAUGGCGCUGGUGCAGAGCGUGCGAACAAGCUUGGGCGUCUCUGCCACAGCAUCUGAUAUGGAUCUUGGCCCUGGUGUGGAAAAGGAAGGCAGGAAGCUCCACUUCAAUCAUUUAAACUUGGCCAAGGCCACAGUUUGUGUGUCCUUUGCGGGCAGCCGCUGGUCUGGCAGCAUGCCGGGUGACGUGGCGUUCUGGAAGCGGCUGCUUUCCAGCCUGUCCUCGGUUGACCGGGCCAUUUUGCGCUUCGAUGGCUAUACGCUGCAGGAGACCACGGCUGAUGCCGAGAAUUUCAUCACUACGCUGCGAGGUCACUACUACAAGCAGUUCAUGCGGGAGCUGAAGUGGUUCGUGGGGGGCCUGGAAGUCCUGGGCACUCCCGCCACUUUCUGCGGCUCUGUGGCACGGAGCUGCAAGGAGGGAGUCCUGGCCCCGUACAGGGGUGCCCGCACGUCUCCAGAGGACAUGGUGGAGGGGUGCAUCGUGGGCACGAAUGGAUGUGUGCGGAAUGCAUUCUUCGAGUGCUUCAACUCUCUCUCCAAGGCCACAGGAGCUGCCUCUCAGGGAUGCCGUAUUUGCCUCCACGAGGAUUUCCAAAAGCGUCGGCCAGCACCGACGAGCAAAGACCGCCGAGUGGGGGAAGGGCUGACAGUGGCCUGUGGCAGCUGCUUUGGUGGCCUUCGGCAAGGCCUCGAGGGCCUCUUCGUCCUCCCGGCGAGGGGGUUCCAAACUGCGGGGCUUCGAGGCUGCGUUCGCGGCACCGGACAAGGGGCUGUGGGCUGCGUGGGCGGCUCCAUGGUGGGCUGCCUGGACAUGACGCGGGUGGCAGCGGAAAGCUUCCGCAACGUGGCACAGCAGGGCCGGAGGGAGGAGGGGCGCCGCCGGCUGCCCCGGCUCCUAUAUGGUCCUGAGCGCUCCCUGCGACCCUUUGAGCUGCUGGAUGCCGAGCUCAAGGCAUACUUGGUGUCUUUGGACCCCAGCUUGGCUUCCAUGGCCCUGCUGGAAUGUGUGAGGGAUGAUGAGGGAAAAGUCCUUGCAGUGGCAUCUGACAUCUUUUUCCUGCACCUGAGGAACGGAAAGCUCACAAAGGUGCCGUUGGAUGACAUUGUAGAAGUCGAGGUUGGCGAGAAGGUGCUCUGGCUGCAGCUUCACUCUUGCGCCGUGCGCCUGGAGGACGACGCCCAGCGAUGCCGCCAAACGGCUCGGCUGCUGGGUGCUUGCCUAGGUGGGAGCUACCAGCUUUAACGGGGGGCCAAAGAUGCCUCCAAAUUGAUUUGGACAGACGAUGAGCAGCGAGCCGCGGAAAGCCGCGAGUCCCUUUAAGAAGCCUACAGUGGCUGUUCAUGGUCUCAAGCAUGCUCUUUAGAAGGCCUGUGCAUAGUUUCGACCCUUGGUCAGAAUCCAUCACUGGAGUCCUUGAAACAGCUAGGAUUUCAGCAGUACAUACUUGGUAUAUAUUUCAAGAUGGAAUCCGGCUGAGCGGAUGGUUUCGAGAUGGGAUUGCAUUGUGUUGG